AUGGAAGUCGGGAAAUACCUUCUCCUGGCCGUCGCUUUUAACACGGUCGGUACUAUGGCCGGCUGGGUGCCGAAUUACUGCUCAUAUGCUCUCGACCAUAAAAAAGCAUUAAAUCGCAUGUUUGGCGGCCAUAUUGGCAACAACGUGCCCCUUGAAAUUGGGGGUAAAGGUCCAGAUCACACAUAUUAUUAUCAUGUCGGGUAUUAUUGCAAUGGAUAUUGGCAUGGGAGACAGCCUCCCGCAGAUUGGACAUCGUGCUACAACCGGAAAUUAGUGUUUGAACAACGUCAGCAAUCGAAACGCACCGGCUCCAAAAUUGUCCCCCAUCUUAAAUACGGCAUUCUGGUGAGGUGUGAGGGUCUUGCGCUGAUAGCGUACUCUGAUCUUGGACACACGCAGGCGCCGGCCUCCCCUACUUCAUCGGCGGGUACUACUUGUUCCGCGACGGGUGGCGUGCCGAGAGCUACGGGGAUUGCCGGGGCUUGGUGGGAUGGAGACCCAUUUGCGCCGGCGGAGGUCCAAUCAGCCAUCAACGAUAUCAUGCAAGCCGCCGGAGAAAGAGAAUGGCCCGCUGGCUGGUUUGAACAGCAAGCCGAUACUGGUGGCGCGGUUGCGGAGCGGGAGCUGGAGAGAAUUCUUGAAAUCCAAACCCUAGCAGCAGAGUGCUCGAGCGAGAAGGUAUCUGAAGCUACAUGGAACCUGGAAGUUCACGGUCCGUUGCUCAAACUGGCAAUGACCGCAAUCCGUGGUGUUUCUCGCCACUUGAUUACAACAGCAAGAAUUGAGUCCAAAUGGCUUCCAAUCACCCGCUUCUCGCCAGGACCCUUAAUUUCAGCGUCAGAAUCCGGGUCGAUCAGGUGCUCUGGCAAUACUGUCGGGGGAAAGAUGGUAGAUUUUGCCCUGACUUUGGAUACUGCUUCGACUCCCCUGGCAGUAAUCAAAGAGCAUAUUUAUGCCAGCGACCUUUCAGCAGAUUUAUCUAUUAACCAGACCACAUACAACCCGCUGACUCUGCGGCCGAUUGGUGUAAGCGUUGAGACCAAGGCUUCUGCUGCGGGAGCCGAACAAGGCCGCAUUCAACUUGCUUUAUGGACAAUCGCAUGGUACAAGAGAGUCCAGGCCUGGGUGGAUAGCUGCGCCGAUGAUAUCCGUCUUCCUGAUGCCAUGCCAGUUAUCUUGGUUACGGAGCAUGCAUGGAAUAUGGCGUUCGUCUGCAAUAGGGGUGGCGAGGCAUUUGAGCUGAUACUGAUCUCAGACAAUGGUUCGAGCGGUUGUUCCGAGUAUGAAGAUAGGCGCGCCGGUCUGUCCAGACAGUGGCUCCGAGAAGUUUAA